AUGUCACACGAGAACAACUUUAACCUCAAACGUGUGAUGCUCAUCUUUCUGCUAAUAUUUGAUUUAUCUCUGAAGCACAGUGCUGCACAGGUGAACGCAGAAGAAGCGAACAGGCCUCCAGAUGGACACGGAGGUGACGGCAGUGCUUUCUUCGCCCUGCGGAGCUGCCAUCAGCUGCUGCACGGCGACAGCGGUGAGUUUUUCUCCCCGGACUACCUGUGCUCCAACCCAUCUCUGUGGUGCAACUGGACCAUCCAGGUGGAUCCUGGGAAGAGGAUCCAUCUCCACCUGGAGGACUUGACCCCUGACGACUCCUGCCACCUCAAACAGGACCAGAUCCACGUGGACGAACCCGCCGGCCAUUCUGGGGGUCACAAGGUCUUGCAGAAGUGCUGGCAGGAGGCCAAGUACACCUCCUCCUCCAACACUCUGUAUGUGGUGCUGCUGAUUGGUGGCUGGCCCGACCCGCCGCCAUACAGGGGCUUCUACGGCCGCUACCAGGCGUUUGGACCGCCGGUGGCUUACAACCCACAGGAAGGCUUCACAGCGAGAGACCAGAAGUCAGAACCACCUCUGGAACCGAUUUACAUGGUUGGUGAACAGAUGGAGUCAGAUCUGCUGGAGCAUCCGUCACCAGCAAAUUCUGCUGCAGCGUAUGAUUAUUAUGGUCAACAGUCAGUCGUGAUGGCUGAGCUGCUCCGGGAGCCCGAGGACACCGAGGACACAGACACUGAGGUGGGUGAAAACCUCCAUCCAGCCUCAGGGAACUCCAGUCAUGUCUACCCAUACACAGCUGUACCCACAGCGCCAGCGUCCACCCAGGGGACCUCCCGAUCGGGAAGAGGCGUUCCUAACAUCCCCCCGAGCCGCUCUGACUCAGCCGUCCACGCUGUGUCUCCACAGCAGCAUCAUGACAGUGAAAAUCAUGAGCUCAAACCCACCAAUCGCACCCCAGCAGCGAUACGAAGGGAUGUGGAGGAAGCUUCAACCCGUCCAGAGGAUGCUGCUGAUCCAGAGGACAGGAGUGGUGCACAGGACCAAUCAGAGGACGAAGAACCUGCUGCUGGUUCAGAACAAGCUACAGACGGUGAGAACAGGACUGAGGUCAGCAAAGCCCCAGACCAGCAUCCCUCCACCUCCGAGGGACCAGAACUAGAGGAGACUGAACAGACUCACCCUCAGCCCAACGUGGUGGAGCCGCUGUCAGACCACAGAGGGAACGUCCACAUCAGAAAUCACUCUGACGCUCCUGGUCUUCUUCCUGGUGAUCACCUGUUUGAAGUGACUGUUGAGGUAAAUUUCCGUCAAGAUGCACAGGAGCCCUGGGACGACCUGGCCAAGUCCCUGCUGCUGUCAGUAAAGACUCUGAUCAGUGAGCAGCUGGAGACUCUGCACACGUCACUGUCCAUAUCCUCGAAAAGAAUAAAAAGGUUGAAUGCUGGAGUGCUGUACAUCCUCUGGCUGCAGAUUGGACAGGGGCCCCGAAGUCAGCAGGCGCACAAGGCCGUCCACUCCGCCAUGCAGGGCCUCAUUGCCACAGGUGUGGGCCUCAGAGGGACCCACAGGAAGGCAGUCAUCAUCUCUGUGUCGACUGCAGAUGUGAAUGAGUGUGGGACCCAGCUGGUGCUGUGCGACGUUAACGCGGACUGUGUGAACCGGUUUGGCUCGUACUCGUGCCGCUGCAGGCCGGGCUUUGUGGACGAGUCCCGUCUGGGAUCGGGAGGAACCGUCUGCGUGGACGUGACGGCCGCAGGUUGCGGCUCAGGCCUGUCGGCUGAGACCAAAGGCGUCUACGUACUCUUCUUCCUGCUCAGCUCCAUCAUCCUGAUGCUGCUGGCGGCCGCAGGCAUGCUGUACCACCGCCACCACCGGGGGAUGUUCCUGGUUCGUUGCCAUAGCAGCGUCCCUCCUCCUGACCCCAACAACAACCGUCACCAUCACGACAGCUACUCGAGCCCUGUCGACUCCGACCUGCCCCCGCCGCCGCCGCCCGCCCGGGGCCCCAGAGAGGGUUGGGCCCAGGUGAAGGAGCGCUGUCCGGCUGUGGACCUGCCGCUGCUUCGCUUCAGCUCUCUGCUGCCGCCGGACGGCUACAUGGAGCCACAGGAGGGCGGUAAGAUGUGAGCAGAGUGUGGGCUGAGAGCUGGG